AUGAAGAAAGAACAACAGGUGGAGGAGAAAUUACGCAAAUUAGAACUUGAGCUUGGCCUCGAUUUUGGCAGCAAACAGGCAGAUUUUGAUGAGAUCUUUGCAUCAUUGCAGCUGCGUAAAAAGGAGAUGGAUCGUCUGGAAAGAAAGCUUGAAGAAACGUUCAAGGACAUUCCAGGACUGCGUUUCCACGAGAAGUACAAACACUUUGCAGUAUCAGCUAUCAAGAGAGAAAAGGAAAAAAUCCUGUCGAGGAAGGACUCGAAAUUUGUUCUUCAAGUGCUUGAAUGUGUGGUACACUUCCAAGAAACAGACGUGAUGCCGUUGAUUUUGCUGUGCAGAUACGUGACAGACGAGAUGUUUGAUGCAUUGCUUGAACCUUCAGAUGGCCUCGAUGUUGGAAACAUUCUCAAAGAAAACCAAAAUGAAGAAGGACAGCUCAAUUUGAACUGGAUUUUGAACCCGCUCAAUGAUGCAAUGCAAUACUUCAUCAAAGAAGGGAACGUAUACUGGACGAACAAGAUUCUCCAAAUCAAUGGGUCACUCGGCAAGAAGAACUUGAAGUGUGAGGCACCGAUCGACUCGAUUUCAUACUCUACAAUGAAGAAACUUCUUGAUGUGCAGAUUUCGAGGGACACAGAGAGGGACUCUGAGAUGAUGUUAACUAAUAUUUUCGGAGACCCUAAGAAUAGACACGACAUUGACAACAUCAAAACAAUCGCCAAGUCUUCCAUCGUUGGAUUGAAUAAAAACGAGAAACUUUAUAAUCUUGCACUCCACCCGCUCUGUCAAGCCAUUGUUCUACUUCAACUCGGCUGGAAAGAAUACCUUCCGUAUCAUGAUUGGCACGAGUACUUCUUCAUACUAUUCACCUCCCUAUGGCUGUACCAUGAAGUGCCUCCUGUUCUAGCAGUGAUCUCCGCCUUCUUCUCGCUCUUCAUGGUGAUUUCCCAGCACCCGUCCAUCCUACCCCUGCGUUUCAUGUUUGCUCAAAUUGUGUAUCGAUAUAUCACGGUUUCGAUCUUCUCUUUCGCGCUGAUUGGAGGAUUUGCGCUCAGCUUCUACAUGAUUGACUAUGACGAACGUUACACAGGGGGAUUGUUCAAGACACCAUUUCUGGCCAUACUCCAAGUGAUCUCCAUGAUGACAGGCGACUACUCCUUGCAAGACUUCGAAAAUGACAAAAAUAGCACAAACAUACAGUUACUCUUCAUCUGCUUCGUCAUCCUGAUCGCAUGCUGCUUAUUUAACAUGAUGAAUGGUCUUGCAUUCAACAUUACCUCGGAACUGAAGAAAAGCGCAGAAGUGUCACGCACUUUUGCUCAGUGCCAGAUGAUUGCUAAUUUUCAGUCUUUUCUUGAGAUGGCUGGUGUCAUGGAAAAAAAAUUCGGAUUGGAUUCGCUACCCUAUGAUGUUGCUAAGAUUAAAGUCAAUCUUAAAUCUGGUGCCCUUAAAAUAGCGGAGGAAUAUGAUGAAGGCUUGCAAUACCACGUUAGAGCUGCAUCGAAAGGGCAAUUCUUCUUUGAUGAAGUUGAUUUACGAACACCGAAACUCAUCAAAUGGGUUUGGAUUGACCGAAUUCACUUAAUGGAUGUCCAAAUUUUGAGAGAUCUUCAUACCAUCAGGGCGGGCGAAACCAAAACGAAGCAAAGCAUCGACAGCAGUGAUGAAGUCAAUGAAAGCGAAAGUGACAACUCUUAAUUUUUAAUCCUAUUUUUGCAAUAGUCCUUAUAAAAAAUUGGUGUAUUUUAACAUUUUUUUGCUAAUAGGAAAGACGUAAAAGGAUAAAUAUAAAAUCGUAUUAAGUAUCAAUUAGCUUUGACUUUUAUCAUUUUUCGUAUAUUAGAGAGCAGUGAAAAUGGUAACAUCCCUUCCGUGAUGAUGCGGUUUUGAAGCGCUGCAAUAGCAGUUUUUAUUUGUAUUAGUUAUUUUUCUAUUAAAAAAUUAGUUUUAUUUUGUUUGUACUGAAAUUGUAACUUACAAUUUACGUAUUAAAGACCAAAUCAUGUGGAAAAAAGCGUUCAGAUAUGAGAAAAACUUUCUUUGCGUUUAAAAGUUAUAAAAUUAAAAAAUAACGUGUAAUUAUCGGUGUUGUUAAAUUUAAUUUCAGGUUUAACAUAAAUGUGUAUUUUAGUACAGAUUUAAUUCAUUUUUAAUUUUCAACUGCAUGCGUUGAGUUUUCAGUCUUAUGUUCGAAUAAUCGGCCUACUGCAAAUUGGUUCGAUUUUUUACCUUUAUCUACAGAGAUUUUAGUUGUAGACAAAAUCUCGUCUUCAUCUGUAAAUUUUCAAUGGAGUUCUAUUCAUUGCGACAUAAACUUGAAUUAUCAGCAAAGAGCAAACUCAACGCCCAAUACAGCCGCGAAAGCGAGAUUGGCACACAGAAGAAACUGUCACUGCCCUUAUCUCGUGGAAGUCGGGGACAAAAAAGCGCACCGUUAUUUGCCACAAUAUCCGGUGGACGAACAGAGUAGCCCUUUCAAGCAACGGCGAGAGCAGCCGUGGGUCAAAUUAGGAGAAAACGUGAAAAAGGCUCCAGCCUAUGUGAACCUGCUUAAAUCUCAUCGGCCCUGAAAGUGUACAAUGUUUUGAUUUCUGUAAAUCGAGCGAAUGAAUGGGAUAAUAAAAUAAUAAGGGAGAGUCAAAAACGUUUCUUUCUCUCUGUCACGGUGAUUCGAGACCUACACUUAUUACAGAUGUUUCCAAACAAAUGAAUAUAUAUUGCUUUUAAAAUAGGAUUUCCAUUUUUACACCUCAUCUUUUAAAUUUAAGUCGUGAAAUGAAAAUGUAGCAGAUGUCUAGGGCAAGAUUAUAUUUCUCAAUUAAUUAAACAAAUUAUU